AUGAAUUUGGAAGAAUACUUAACUACUAGAAUGCAAGAGAUGUCCAAGUUUUAUAAUCAACUCAAUAUUCCAAUAUGUAAAUAAUGAUUAUUAGAAAAGAUGAUGAUAUAAAGUUAAAUGUAUAAGUUAAAGAAUAACCAUUUGAGAAUAGAAGUUUAAGACAUUUUGAAUAAAAACAGGAAACUGCAUAGAAUUCAUUCAUCAAUGAAUUCUAUGAAGAACCUUAACAAUAACAAAAUAAAUACACAGACAUCUUUGAUGAAAUGCCAAUAAAAGGAGCUUAAAAACCAUUUGAAUAAUUAUUAUAAGAUCAAGGUAUUGUUUAAUAGGAAAUGAAGAAUAAGAAAGUAUUUUUAAAGAAGGGAACUAGAUAAUUCUUAUCCAACGCAUAAACAAGAUCAGAAUUAUCAAAGAGAGAAUAUGAAGAGAUUUUAAAGAUGAAUAAUGAAAAUGCUUUAGAAUAAUAAUAAUAAAAGAAGCUGCCUGUUCAUUUUUUAUAGAAAGGUAAAGGUAAACAAUGUACAUAAAAACCAAAUGAUUCAAUUUUGGAUCAUACUAAAAAUGAUGAAACCAUUAUUUAAUAACAUGAUGAUAAAAAUGAGUUAAAAAAAGAGAAAUAACUAUUAGAGUAGUAACAAAAGGAAUUAUAAAGAAUGAAAAUUCAAUAAUAAAAAUAAUUAGAAUAAGAAAAAUUGGAAUUUGAAAAAUGGAAGGAAGAGGAAAAGAAGAAAAUUGAAAGAAUUACAAGAAAGCAUUAUACUAUUCAAUAAUAAAGAUAACAAUAAUUAACAACAAAACAAUUGGAAGAAUUAGAUUUCCUUAGAAAAAGAGUGGCUUAAUAAAAUGAGGAAAUAAAGGAAUUAAAAUUAGAAUUAGAAAAAUCAUAACAACAAUUAUAAUAGAUGAACACUAAUCAAAAUACAAGUACUCAUAAUAUUACUAAGUUAAUUGCUUAAUCAUCUCCUCCUUAAAGUAAUUAUUCUACUAAAACAUCUAAUUUUUCAGAAAAUAAAACAAAUUCAUAUGCUAUGAUGCAUAAUAAACAAGGUUGUAUUAAUGAAGAAGAAGAAUAUGAAUCUAAGAAUGGAGAUGAUUAAAAUAGUUAUCAAAAUGGAGAUAGUUAUGAAUAUGAGAAAAUUAAAAUUGAUUUAAUUUAAUUAAAAAAUUAACCUACUAUUUCAAUAGAUAUGAUUAAUGAUUUAAUAGAUGAAUCAGAGUUUGAAUUUAGAAAUAACAAAUUUUAUGUGUAAUAUUUAGAUUAUUUGAAACAAGAUGAUAAGGUUAUUUAAUAAACUUAAUCUGCAGAUGGAAAAAUUUCAAGAACAUAUUAGAGUGGCAAAAAGGAAGUGAUUUUUAAUAAUGGAGUUAAACGAGAAGUGUUUUCAAAUGGUUUUACUAUUGUGCAUUUUACAAAUAAUGAUAAAAAGUAAACUCUGCCUGAUGGUACUAUUGUCUACUAUUUUGGUCAAGCUAAAACUACAUAAAUAACAAUUCAAAAUGGACCAUAGGUAUUAUACAGUAUAUUAUAAAUAGAUCUAUCGAUUUUCAAAUAAUUAAAUAGAAAUCCAUUUUUUAAAUGGUGAAAAAUAGAUAAGAUUCUCUGAUGGAACAAAAAAGUAUAUAUAUUCUAAUGGUGAGGAAGAGACCUUGUUUAGUGAUGGAAUAUUUCAAAAAAUAGAUGUGAAUAAGGUAAAAUAUAUUGAAUAUCCUGAUGGAAAGAUUGAGAUCACUUAUCCAGAUGGCAGAAUAGAAACCUAAUCUCAAAAAAAAAAACAUAAUUGA